AUGUCGUCAAAUACAAUUUAUCGUCGAGGAUUAAAAGAAUUAUUAAUCGACGAUUAUCUUGAUCUUGAUGAAGAAGAAACAAGUACAAAUCUAACAACAAAAGAUGAAGAUAAAGUUCGAUUUGUGCCCAAUGAAAAACCUGGUCAAGAUACAUUAAAAAAAAUAAUUUAUCAUCAAUCUUAUGAAUAUGUUAUGGCCGUUGUUGUCUUCUCAAGUAGUAUUACACUAGGAUUGAGUUUAGAAACAGAAGAAGAAUAUAAAAAUGAUAAAUUAAGACAAGAUAUUAUUUAUGCAUUAGAUGAAUUUUUUAUUGGACUAUUGUUUGUUGAAUUUUGUUUGAAAAUCUAUUUGGAACAAGCCAAUUAUUGGCUAAAUUGGCUUAAUAUUUAUGAUUUCUUAGUUAUCUUGGCAGCUGUCGCUGAAGUUAUUUCAACUUUUAUAUCAGAUCAAAGUGUAACAAUCCGUAAUAUACUAAAAGGUCUAAGAUUUUUGCAAUUAUUAAGAUUUUAUCGUGUUAUUACAUUAUCAGAAGGUUUACAAGUAUUAGCCAGUGCUCUCACUAAAACAGUCAUCACUUACACGUUUAGUGUUACAAUGCUCAUAUUUUUAUGUAUCUAUGUUGUGGCAGUUAUCGGACAAAUAUUAUAUGGGAAACCGGAGCAGAGUCCAUGGCAUCAGUUUUCAAAUUCAUUAACAAUCUCUAUGCGUUUAAUAUUUGUAGAUAACUGGAAUACUUUGAGUGACGAAUUAGAUUCACAAGGUUCACCAAAAAUAUCUCGAUGGUUUUUCUCGAUUGUGGUUUUCAUCGGUUACUAUGUUGUUACAAACAUUCUUGUUGGUAUUAUGAUUAAUAGUGUGUCGUUGGCUAAUGAUGAAUAUAUUAAACAACGUCGACAAGAAAAAAUACUUCGAAAUCAAAAGAAACGUGAAGAAUUAUCGAAACGAACGAAGCAAGUAUUAAAUACGCAUUUGUUAGACUCACAAAAUAAAACCGAAAAUACUCUAGAUAAAAUAAAUACAAAAUUGAAACUGAUUCAUAAUGAGACAAUCGAACCAUCGGAUUUAUCUUUUUCGAUCGAUUGGUUAGAAGCACUCGUGUCAUGUAGUGAAAAAAAUCGUGAUGAAGCAAAAUCGGCAAGAAAAUUAAUUGUACACAUUAUAGAAAGUCUAGCAGAUAUUGUCGAAGAAAAUAUGAAAAGAAACGAGAAAGAAUCAUUAGCAAGAAGACAUAUAGCUAAUAUAAACGAUUAG